AUGCUCUUUUGCUUAAAAGAGUUUCCUUCCCGAGAGGAGUUGAAAUAUCGCAUUAUUAUUUCAACCAAACCUCCAAAAGAGUGCGUUGAAGAUAAAAGUUUCCAGGGCAAGCAAAAUAAGUCACAGAAUUUGAAAGAUUCUGAUGAAUGUGUAUGGGGGAAGGAACAAUCAAGCCUUACAUCUGAUGACUCUGAUCAACAAAAUAAUGACAAGAGUGACAGUGAUUGGAGAAAACCCAAAGCUGGGUUAAAGGAGGCACUAAGAGUUGGAAUUGACAAAGUUAGGCAACUUAGUUUGAGUGAACAAGCACUUGAAAAUGCGGCUGAAUCCUAUGGUCUGGAUGUUGUGAGGUUCACCCAGAAGCACAUCCUCAGGGUGUACCCAAUAGGUACUCGGUUUAACUCCUCCAACUACAAUCCAAGAAUUGGUUGGAUGCAUGGAGCUCAGAUGGUUGCAUUUAACAUGCAGGGAUAUGAUAAAGCACUCUGGUUGAUGCACGGGAUGUUCAGAUCCAAUGGAAGGUGUGGUUAUGUGAAAAAACCAGAUUUCUUGACGAAUAUUGGUCCACAUAAUCAGUUGUUUAAUCCCAAGGCAAGGAUGCCUGUGAAGAAAACUUUGAAGGUGAAACUGUAUAUGGGAGAUGGAUGGCAUUUGGAUUUUAAGAAAACUCACUUUGAUUUGUAUUCACCACCUGACUCCUACACUAGGGUGGGCAUUGCUGGAGUGCCUGCUGAUGAGAUAAUGAAGAAAACAAAGAUAAAGAAGGAUAGUUGGACCCCUGUUUGGGAUGAAGAGUUUUCGUUUCCAUUGACAGUUCCUGAGCUGGCUUUACUUCGAAUUGAAGUAAAGCAGCAUGACAUAGCUGAGAAGAAUGAUUUUGCUGGCCAAACAUGCUCACCUGUUUCUGAAUUGAGGCCCGGGAUAUGCGCAGUCCCCCUGUGUGACCAAAAAGGAAAGAAGUUCAAUUCAGUGAGGCUUCUCAUGUGCUUCGAAUUUGUCUGA